CAUGAUUCCCAAAUCCGGAGGCGAUUACGCGUACAUUAGCGACGCCUUUGGACCUCUGCCAGCGUUCCUGUACCUCUGGGUAGCAUUGUUUAUCCUAGUUCCAACCGGAAACGCAAUAACAGCCCUAACGUUCGCACAAUACAUACUGCAACCAGUUUGGCCGGGUUGCGUACCCCCGUACGCGGCUGUACGUCUACUUGCUGCUGUUAUCACGUGUAUAUUGACUGCCAUCAACUGUUACAACGUGAAAUGGGCCACCAGGGUACAGGACAUCUUUACUGGGACCAAAAUCUUCGCGUUACUGAUCAUCAUGAUCGCUGGAUUAUGGUGGCUUUGCAUGGGCCACACGGAAAAUUUCCGUCAUCCCAUGGACGGAACCAACACGCACCCUGGCUACGUAGCUUUGGCUAUUUAUUCGGGCCUGUUUUCUUAUUCGGGCUGGAAUUAUCUGAAUUUUGUUACAGAAGAACUCCAAGACCCGUACAAGAAUCUUCCAAAGGCAAUCUGUAUAUCGUUACCACUGGUGACGGUAAUUUAUGUCUUAGCGAAUGUUGCCUACUUCGUCGUGCUAACGCAAGAUGAAAUUCUUGCGUCGGAUGCUGUCGCUGUCACCUUUGGCGACAAACUAUUGGGCGUGAUGUCUUGGAUAAUGCCAUUCUUUGUGGCUUGUUCAACGUUUGGCGCUCUGAACGGAGCGAUCUUUGCAUCGUCGCGAUUGUUCUUCGUGGGUGCCCGUAAUGGACACUUACCUUCCGCGAUUUCGCUCAUCAAUGUACGAAACUUAACACCGAUGCCAUCGCUCAUCUUCCUUUGCAUUAUCACCCUGGCACUUCUGAUCAUAGAGGAUGUCUACGUGCUAAUCAAUUAUGUCAGCUUCGUUGAGGCACUAUUCACCACGCUCUCCGUGUCUGGUCUCCUCUGGCUUCGCUACAAAAGUCCCGAUCGCGAGCGACCAAUAAAGGUGUCGAUCGUCUUGCCAAUUAUAUUUUUCAUAAUCUGUGCUUUUCUGGUGACUCUUCCCUGCUACGUAUCACCAUGGGAAGUUGGUGUUGGAGUGAUAAUCAUCGUCUCCGGUAUUCCAGUGUACUGGAUCUUUAUUCACUGGAAAAGGAAGCCUAAAUGGCUCAUUAGGGGGUCUCAUAAUUUCAACAUGGUGUGCGCAAAACUAUUCAUGUGCGUGCAAGAGGAGAAAAGUGAUUGAUCAUAAAGUGCCUUUCUAUCCUAAUGUAUAGUUUUAUACGAAAUUUGAAUAGUACGAACGUGUGAUUCAUCUGUUCACCAACUCGAGUGAUUGUAAGCAGGUGACAAUCGCGUUUUAUCAUUCAGAAAACAAAUAAUUAUCUGGUCUCAACUGAACUGGCCACAACAUUCCAAUGAAAUCUCUGUUGCUUCACGCAGAUCUUAGAAAUGAACGAAUCGUGUGAUAAUAAUCGAGCCGUAUUUUUGUACCCAACGUAUCUACAAUGAACAUAACAAAUAUUCGUUCAACGAAUCAUUUAUGAAAAAUCUUUGUAUAGUUCAAUUUAUUAAUCAAUUUUCAUAACUCAAUUUGAACAUUAAAACCCGGAGAAGUGGACGUCAAUAAACAAUUAAUGAAUAUGCUAUAAAAAUUUUCAUGAACAAGUGUAAGUAAAUAUGUGAGUAAAUCGUUGAGGAGAUCAACAAUUAUGUAAAUAUCAAUGCCUCAUCCAUUACUGCGAGGAACUUCUUGCGAAACCAUGAAUAUCAUGGUAGAGUAUCGCGUAGAAAAGAUUUUAUAAAUUAACAAAUUUGAAAAAAAUCGUAGAAUUUACGCAAGAGUAUAAAAAUACAUCCACGGAAUAAUGGAAUUUUUAUAGAUAGUAGAAAAUUUAAUAUCUUCAGCUUUGAUAGACGCUGUACUAUAUGGAGAUAAAAAGUUUGUGGUGGUCCCAUAUAUUAUCAGUAUAGCUGUAUAUGUAUUAAUGAACUCUCAUAUUCUGUUAAACAAUAUCGUAAAAGGUGCAAAUAUCUGAGUUUCUUUUGGUAUUAAAUUUAUUCUAGAUAUUUCUCGAAAUAUGUAUAAAUUGCUUGUGUUAUGAAAAUUUAUUAAUAAACUAAGCUAUACAAUUGUUUUCUUAAAUUAUUUGUAAGAAUACUUUUUAUAUUCAUAUAUUAUUAGUCGCAAAAGUCUACAUACGUCUAAUAAAUUUAAUUAUUACUAACAAUCCGAGGGAAUUUCACUAAUCCUAUAUUAUGUAGAUGUAUGUAGACCUGUGUAACUGAUUAUAUGUAUAAUUUUCAUUGACUGCGUCAAUUACAGAGCCUUCUAUUUAUACGAUAUUCAGAUUUUCUACUAAUCUACUCACGAGAAUUGUAUAGCAUAAUUACAAAAUAUUAUCUACAUUUAAUUCGAAGAGAAUUAUCUCUGAAUUUGGGGUAGAUUGUGUUCAUUACACCUUGUUGACCAAUAUUAUUAUCUCCAAGUAUACUGUAUAAUAGUAUAAUUAUAACUGCGUAGUGAAAAUUUUAAACAAAGAAGUCUUAACAACAUAUGUGUUCGCAAAUUAAUCGUUGAAUAAAAUCGUAAUUAAAUCGUAAUAAAAUCGUCAAUAGAUGGUUCAAAUUUUUAUAAAUGUCGAAUAAAAUGAAAUGGUUAAUUUUCGAAUGUGUUAAUAAGACUUGCCUGUCCUUUUUUAUGGGUUGUAUUAACCGUGAUCAAGCGUGAACCUAAAAUAAUGAAAUAUGAUUUAUAUUCAAUAACGAAAUUGAUUAUGUUCUGUGGAUAAUAAUACGCGUCAAACCAUAAGACUGUGUGAAAUAUUCAUUGUGUAAAAACGAAUAAAAACCAUUUUGUAUUUUGAUUAAAAUUGAUUGGAAAUGCACGAGAUGAUUAUUAACGCACACAGAGCUAUUUAGGUCAUGAUCAUAUUUUUACGUAACGUUUAUGCACAUUUAUCUUAAUUUUAUUUGUUUGUGAAUAAUUGUGUUUGGUUAUAAUAAUUGCAGUCAUAAAUUCAACAAUUACACACGCAUAAUACUGUAAUAUAAAUAAUAUAGUCGUACAUAUUUGUACUAUUUAAUUGUAUAUACGACACGAAUAACUAUAAAUUAUUUAUCAUAAUU